AUGCCUGCUUGGAUUUUAACCCCAAAGGAGGAGCAGGUCAUUUUUGAGAGAUGGAGAAAGAAGGCUUUUGCCAGAUGCGAUGAUUUGAUCAAGGCAUACGUGGAAUGCUCCAACAGUUACGAAAACCCCAUGGACGCCAUGAAAAACUGUGAAGCAGCCAACAAACGUUCGUUAGACUGCGUCGGCAGUUAUCAAAAGAUGGAGUAUCUCGACGAAGAAAGAGAUAUACUUAUAGCAGAAAAACGAGUCAAGCAAAAGUUGUAUAGGCAGCGCUUGCAAGAAGCCAAGGAGCUUCGGGAUAAGGAAGCUCAAAAGUAG